GCUGAGUCUCCUUGAAUCGCUGCCAGUCAUCGUGGCUCGUCGUUUAAGUGUGCCUCCGAAGUUUGAUGCUUCUUAAGCAUCAGUAUGGAGUCCUUUGAUCCAACUACACAUCCGCACAGACGCUAUAACCCAUUGACUAACAUACACAUCCUCGUCUCACCUCAUCGCACCAAACGUCCUUGGCUAGGCCAGACUGAGCCCUCCCAGCCGUCAAAUCUCCCCCAGUACGAUCCUGCAUGUUACUUGUGCCCUGGGAACACUCGGGCGAGCGGUAAGGUGAACGAAAUAUACACUUCCACCAUGGUCUUCGAGAAUGAUUACGCUGCUGUUCUUCCACCCCCUGGACCUGUCACAUCUCAGGCUGCACAUCCACUACUAACGGUCGAGCCAAUUCAGGGCGGAUGCGAUGUUGUAUGUUUCCAUCCCCGACACGAUCUCAGUUUACCGACCUUAUCUCUGUUGGACGUGGAGAAUAUCGUGGAUGAAUGGACUCGUGUUUACAUGAGGAGAGGGACUGAGCCUGGCAUCAAAUAUGUGCAGAUCUUUGAAAACAAGGGAGCAAUGAUGGGGUGCUCCAACCCGCAUCCCCACAGCCAAGUGUGGUCCCUAUCCACUGUACCUACCCUCCCCGCUAAGGAACUCGCUUCUCUGCACAAAUAUGCCUCUACCACGCACGUGCGCUCUGGCAUUCCAACUGGGCCUGACGGACAUGCGUGCCUAUUGUGUGAGUAUGUGCAUCACGAGCUGUCCGUUCCAAAAGACGACGGACGCAUAGUCAUUACAAAUGAGCAUUUCGUUGCGCUUGUGCCGUGGUGGGCGUAUUGGCCCUUCGAAAUCAUGGUGCUCCCUCACAAACGGCAUAUUUCGUCCCUUGUGCAUUUCACGGUUGAUGAGAAGCACGCAUUUGCAGACAUUAUGUCACGCGUGACGAAGCGCUACGACAACAUAUUCUCCUGCUCUUUUGCAUAUGCGAUGGGCGUUCAUCAACGACCACUUCCCCCACGUCGAGAUAAUGAUGGGACGUAUGUACAAGAUGCAGACGAUAUUGCACAUCUGCAUGUGCACUUUGAGCCUCCACUUCUACGGAGUGCUAACGUGCGCAAAUUUUUGGCAGGUUUUGAAGUUAUGGCGGAACCGCAGAGAGACCUCACUGCAGAGCAAGCUGCCAAGAGACUGAGAAAUUGUUCUGAACUUCACUACCUCCUUAAUGCAGAGUAGUGCAGAGUAGUGACAUGAUAACACCCUGGACAGAUGACAUCAUCACUUCUAUCAUAGACAGUCGCAAGUCGGCACAUGAUUUAUGUUUUCUUCAUGCAUGUGCCAGCACUCUGUUUGCAGCAUUUCUGGUGCAGGACACCGGAAACCGCAGAGACAGAGAUAAAAUAAAGUAAUCUACUAGCACACACCCGUUGUACCUUCAGCACAGGAAGCAAAAAAGAGUGCUUUGCACUCUUUUUUAGCUUCCUGGCCUUUGGCUGCAUCCUACCUUUGGGUGUUUAAAUAAUCAUUAUUAUAGGUUUUGAAAUAAAUUAUAUUGUAUUCAUCAAGUUGAGC